AUGGUGGCCUGGUACUUCCUUUGCCACUGCAAGUUGAUAGUCUGGUGGCAUUGUUGUAGCUGUAGUUUGGGUGGAAAGCGAUGCGGUGAGCCGUAUUUCAGCUUUCUUAUCCGGCCCGAGUCACCGCCGACUGUGACAUGUGUGGUGGAGGAUGAAGGAGAAGAUGCCGGAGUUGUCUUCUUGCUUUCUUUGCCCCUACCCCGGUGGUCACUAGCAGAAUGGAGUAGAGAUAAAGAUUCAGAAACCAGAAAUGAAGCUUACUCACUGCUCUCUCUCUUUGUUUUUAUCGGCGUUGUCGACAUCGCGGCGGCCGACUUGACCCGAUCAGAAUCUUCACCACCGUCUUCCUCUCUUCUCGUCUCAAUUUCAUCUCACUGUACAGUGAAAAACGAAACUGUGAUGGGACGUGAAGGAUGA